AUGUCAUUCCCGUAUCCAGAAAGGGCACUAACUCGGUCAAAUCCAUUGCAUCGAUUCGUGAAGACGUACUUCCGUUCUCUAUGUGACUGUGAGUGCCUGUGCCGACAAAGAAACAUAUGUAAAAACAUCGAGUGCGGGUAUGUGAAGUCAUUUGUUAUAUGCAUAUCGAUGCUUUUGAAUUUUAUGUCGAGUGAUUCAUUCUGGUACAGCACGAAUGUAGGAGGCCAAUUGACUGUGAGUGCCGGUGCCGACAAAGAAACAUACGUAAAAAACAUCGAGUGCGGAAACUUGGCUCGGCACUAUAUUUCUGCACUGCAGAUGGAGCUUGCGCCAUUCGCCAUACGGCGAAUCGCACAAAUACAGGCAGUGCGUCGUGUUUCGCCUUCUCUAUGUUUUAACGUGCCUACUAGAUAUAAUCGCAUUCUCCUCAACAUUACUUGGGAUUUUGAAUGCAAUAACUCAGCCAUUGGCCAUACGGCGAUCAGCGUUGCAUACUUUACUUCUUUGCCUAGAUAUGAAGUAUGGGCAUGCGGGACUGGCCAUCAUGAAAUAACAGAGAGAAAUGUCAUAACGUCCCAGAGACGAACAACGUACGACUAA